AUGUUAUCUCUGAAAACUGUAUAUUUUUUUCAAGCUAGCAUUGGAAUCUUAGCCAAUGCCAUUCUCCUCAUCUUUCACUUCCUCACAAUCUACCAAGUCUAUAGGCCAAGACCCACUGAUAUAAUCACCUGCCACCUGGCUUCUGUCCACAUAGUGAUGCUUCUUACUGCACUGGGUCUUUUAUCUGAAAACGUGUUUAAAUCACUGAAUUUUGAAAAUGAAUUAAAAUGUAAGCUUUUGACCUAUGUAAGUCGGGUGAUGAGGGGUCUAUCCAUCUCCACCACCUGUCUCCUGAGCAUCGUUCAGGUCAUCACCGUCUGUCCCAGCUCCUUUUGCUUGUCAAGAUUUAAACAUAAACUCACAAAUUAUACUAUCAUUGCUUUAAUCUGUAUUUGGUCCGUCAAUUUGUCUUCCAACAGUAGCAUGAUAAGCUACACUGUGACUCAUUCCAAUAAGAGCAAUCUACUCAAUGUCAGUAAGUACUGCUCCCUUUCCUCAAUGAACUCCAUCAUUAGGAAAAUAUUUUUCAUGCUUGUAUUAUCCCAGCGUGUUUUAUUUGUAGGACUCAUGCUGUUGUCCAGCAUGUACCUGGUGACUUUCUUAUGUAGCCAUCAGAGGAAGUCUGAGUACCUUCACAGCAUGAGCAUUUCCUCAAGAAUCUCCCCAGCAAAAAGAGCCACCUGUACUGUCCUUGUGCUGGUGAGCUUCUUUGUGAUUAUGUACUGUGUGAAUAUGACCAUCUCAUCCUUCUCAAUUAUGCUGUGGAAAUAUGAACCAGUAGUCUUGGAUAUUCAGAUUCUUCUGGGGAACGUCUAUUCCGCUUUCAGUCCUUUGUUACAUUUUAGUUCUGAUAAACGAAUACUUGGUCUUCUGAAAAAAAUUAUUGAUAUGACAAUGAUUGUAACAGUUAAUGUAGCAAGUCUGAAAAUGUAG